CUUCUCCUUGAACAUCUCCAUAACUCGGAGCUCCUUAGUUAUCAGUAAUCACUUCUCCAUUAUCAACACUUAAAACUAUACUUUUUUACGGUGAUCAUGGCAGUUAUCACUGAUCAACUGGAGGUAAAGUGCGCCCUCCCCGCAGCCAAGAUGUUCAAGGGGUUUGUCCUUGAGGCUGAUGAUGUCUUCCCCAAGGUUAUGCCACAAGCUAUUAAGAAAGCCGAGCUCAUCGAAGGCGAUGGAGGGCCUGGAAGUAUCAGGAAAGUUAGCCUUCUGGAAGGCGACAAACCCACUUACAUGAAGCACAAGAUUGAUGCUCUAGACAAAGAAAGCCUUUUAUUCUGCUACACCAUCUUUGAAGGUAACAUGUUGGAAAACAAAUUCGAGAAAAUUGUUUAUGAGACCAAGUGGGAGUCAUCUCCUGAUGGAGGAUCCAUCUUCAAGUCCACUGCCAAAUUCUACACCUUACCUGGCUUUGAGGGCGCAGAGAAUUUGAUUAACACCGGAAAAGAAAAGGCCAUUGGCAUGAUCAAGGCUGUUGAAGCAUACCUCCACGCCAACUGAUGAUGCCCGUUAAGAUGUUUGUUAUAUGAAUUUGCAUAUCUUGUGUUAUAUAUAAGCGCUUUAAUUAGCCCUUCCAGUUACCUCGAAAAAAAGUGGCUUGAUGCAUGUCAGAUUUUUGCUUUUUUUUUUUCUUUUUCAAAGAGUGUGACCAUGUAAGGAUUAAGCCGAGCCUUGCUUUUGUUGUAUUCUGAGUAUCAGCCUUACUGAAUGAAAGUUUGAUGCAAGUAUAUUAUUGUAACAUCUCCGCAAAUCUUAUAUUAAUAAAAUAUUAAUGAAAUAUUACAUAUUUAUAAAUA